AAAAAAUAUAUAUAUAUUACGAGAUAUAAUUAUUAACUAAAUUAACACACGAAAUGUCUGAUCCGCGUAUACGAACUUUGAAAAUUAAGACCGGAGUAGUAAAACGUCUUGCUAAAGAAAAAGUUACUUAUGAAAAAGAAGCGGCGCAACAACGUCAAAGAAUACAGCAAUUAAAAGAACAGGACAAGGAUGGAUACGACAUUAAGAAGCAAGAAGAAGUUUUACAAGAAUCGCUUAUGAUGGUACCGGACUGUCAGCGUCGUCUUGUUAAAGCUUUCGAAGAGUUAAAGGGUAUUUUGGAAACGGAACAAGAUUUAAAAGAAGCUGAGGAUUAUAUCGAAGCGGAGAAAGUAUUGCAAGAAGCCGAAGCUCAACUUCCUAAAGAGGGAGAAAUUUUGCAAAUGUGUUAGAUGAAG